GAGUGUUUAUGUAAUUUUCCGUUAUCUUCUUUCCCAAAGGCGGAAGCGCGGAACAUUUAUUCCACCAAUCUCUCUUGCUUUUUUACCUUCACGGAAGAGAGUUGAGAGAACUUGAGAUCGAUAGCUAGAAGGGAACAGUGAGAUACGCAGCACUCUGUUGAGAAGAAUGGAGUUGACACUGCCGGUUGGAUUCACGGCCGUAGCCAAGGGUGGUUUCAACUCUCUGUCCCCGCCAUCCCGACUGUUUCCGGUUCAAUCCAUUUCAUCGAUUACCUCCAGGAAGGAUGGUAGCGUUACCCAUUAUCACUCUGACAAGCAGAAGAUCAAGAACAAAAACUCGCCACCAAGAGCUUCAUCUGCAGAAGGAGGAAUUCCGAAUGAAUUGGCUGAAGAAGAAUCCAAGUUCGUCCCCUUAAACUCUGAUGACCCUGUCUUUGGUCCUCCUGCUCUGUUAUUGCUAGGCUUUGAAGUGGAGGAGGCUGCUAAGAUACAACAGCUCUUGCAAGAGAUGGGUGGUGAAUUCUUGAAGUUAGUUUUCUGUACGGAGGAUAUGAUUUCCAGGUCACUUUGGGAAGCAAUGAACACAGAUCAACCAAACCUAGAAGUAGUCAAGGUAGCCAAGUCUCUGCCGCGGAUUUGCUUCUUAUCUGGCCUUAGCGGAGAGGAGAUGAUGAUGUUCAUCGACGCUUUCCCAGAAACCGGAGUUGAAGCAGAAGUAUUUGCAGCUAUGGUUCCCAACAGUGCUGAUAAAUCCCUGUAUGAAUUAGUGGAAGAAAUCAUGGGUGAUCAUGAAAUGAUGACCAGAAGACAGUCUGAAUCAUUGGGAGCUCCAGGCGGCGUGGUGGACAACUGAAAGGCCUGCGCUUUGCUCUUCUAUGAUGAGAUCUGUGUAAUUAAGAGUUGUAGAUCAAGAAAGUAAUGCUGCGGAAAAUCGAGAAUGUAAUGCAAUCUUUGAAGCAAUUCAAAUGAGCAUUAGGAAUGUAUAAUCACUGCAAGUACAUAGCCCAGGAAUCAAUCUUCCUGGUCACUCUCAUCGCUAAAAUAACUGGCCUUCUUCACUUUCUUCUUCCCCGAACCCUUUCCCUCUUCAUCAGCUAACAACAGUCUCUCCUCUGCCCUGCCAUCCACCGCGGAAGCCCAAUUCUCCUCUUCAAACGCCUGCCCAUCUCCCCAAUUCCCUCCUCCUACUUCCUCAUCGUCCGUCGCCUCCUCAUCCCUCCUCCCAGCAACAACACCACCGCGGCCGGCGCCUUCUCUCCGCCCACGCUUCGGCGCCGGCGGCCUAUCCCUCGGCCCGAGCUGAUUCUUCGGGCACUCGUACGACAAAUGACCGCCCUCCCCACACUCGUAACACUUGCUCUUGUCCUGAUACACCCUCUUCUUAAUGAACUCCGUCGCUCGGCCGUUGUCGUUGGCUAUCGACGCCGAUAGGGUUCUGCCGUUGAGGAUCUUCUUGUCCAUCUGGCGACCGGCGGAGGCGGCAUCGUCGCGGGAGACGAACUGGACGAAGGCGACGCCGCGGGACUGGCGGGUGGUCCGGUCCUUGAGGACGGUGACGCGGGCGAUCUUGCCGAAGGUGGAGAAGAGGGUGUGGAGGUCGGAGUUCGUGAGGGCGAAAUCGAGGUUGGAGACGUAGAGGGUCGACUUCGACGGGGCUAAUCCGCCUGAACCGCGGGAUUUAGGGUUCCGAUUAGCAGCGACUGUUGAGGAGGAGGAGGAGGACGAUGACGGCGGACCUGCGGCGGAGACGGAGGAGUAACGGUAGUAGAAGGUGUCGUCUUCGUCGCUGUCGCUCCCGCCCCGGUGACCCAUUGAUGUUUGAUCUAUAACUCGCUGUGGAUUCUUAUUUGAGUGAAGUCGUCGAAUGACAAAACACAAACUUUGGUCUUUGGAUUAUGUUGAUUAGUCACACAAUUAAUACGGUUGAGUCACGCCA